GUAACACCAUAGUAAACAUAUCUAGGUGAACAUAAUAUUAUCAAUAAACGCCAUGCUGAUAAUAAAAUAAAUCUUUUGUUUAACUGUCGGGCUGGUUCCCUCUUUCACUUCCUCGUGCGACGCGUCUUUUCGCGCAUAACAUUAUUAUUUAUCAAAUGUAAGAUACUUUCAUUAUUAAUAAGUGUUUUACACAAUAAUCAGUUGUAUUAAUUAAUUGUUCAUCUACAAUAAUUAUUGAGAAAAAACUGGGUGGAAUCGUUCUUUAACAAAAGACCAUCAUAUUUGUGAAAUUUGUUUUGUUUUUCCAAAAAUUUUGAAAGCGCCGAAAUUUUACAUGGUAAAGGGUAGCAACCAAAAACCACUAUCAUGAGUAACAACUCUUCCACUGACCUUCCCCUUACAACCUCACCGCCAUCGGACGUCAUAGCUUCAUUCUUUCAUAAUGAAGCUUUGGAUAAAUUUUGUGGGUCACCGUUUUGGAAUACAACUCUAACAUGGGACACUACCAAUCCGGACUUCACUCCAUGUUUUGAAAAGACAGUUCUAGUAUGGAUACCUUGUCUGUUUUUAUGGUUUUUUUCGCCGCUAGAGCUGUACUAUCAAAAAGUCAGUCCAAACAAGUUUAUUCCAUGGAACUGGAAGAAUAGCUGUAAACUGUUGAUGAACGCGCUGAUAUGUGCUUUGUGUUUGAGCGAUGUUAUCAGAAGUGCUGGAAGUGAUGUAUUGGUCAAGGUGGAUAUUUUUAUGCCGCUUUGCAAGUUUAUGACUUUUAGCUUAGUUUUCAUCCAAGCUUAUCGCAAUAAAGUGUACGGUGUUCAAUCCUCGGGCACUCUGUUCCUGUUUUGGCUUAUCACCGCCCUUUGUGGCGCUCCACAGUUUCGAACCCAAAUCCGCUUGGCGCAAAGUGGCCUUGUCAAUGAAGAGAACCACUACGAAUACAUCUCCUACAUGAUUUAUUAUCCCCUUGUUAUUGGUAUGUUGUUGCUGAAUUGUUUUGCUGAAGGAAUACCAAAAAUUUAUCCAUAUGGAAAAGCAGAGAACGGAAGCCCUGAACCGAGUUCCAGUUUCCUGAAUCGGCUCACCUUUAGCUAUUUUGAGCCGAUGAUGUUCAAGGGAUUUCGCAAACCAUUAGAAAUGAAGGAUAUGUGGGACCUGAAACCCGAAGAUAGAAGUAGCGCCCUGGUACCGAUGUUCGAGGAAAGAUUAGACAAGAAAAUUCAAAAAAACCGGAGGAACGUCAAAGCAGGAGGUAAAGAAGAAAUAACAUCCGUCAUGCCGAUUUUAUGGACCAUCGUAGGCCGUCAAUUUAUAAUGGGAGUGGCAUUACGCUUGAUAAGUGAUGUCAUUCAGUUCGCAAAUCCGAAAAUAUUAGGCCUUAUCAUUGGGUAUAUUGGCUCAGAUGAACCAGUGUGGAAAGGCAUCCUUUACGCCUCUACCAUGUUCCUGGUGGCCACUGUAAUGACGUUCAUCAACAGUACGCAAAUGGACCGAUUUUUCAUAGUUGGCCUGCACGUUCGCACAAUUCUAACAAGUGCUAUCUAUCGUAAAUCGUUACGCAUCUCAAAUGCGGCGCGUAAAGACAAAACGGUGGGGGAAAUUGUCAAUUUAAUGUCAAACGAUGCGCAAAAGUUUCAGGAAUUGGUGAUUUUUGUAAACAUGUUGUGGUCAGCUCCGAUUAGUAUUGUACUGGCAAUUUUCUUUUUAUAUCAGGAACUGGGCGUCGCUGUUUUUGCUGGUGUCGCUGUGAUGGUAAGUCUCAUUCCGCUCAACACAAUAAUCGUGAACCAAUCAAGGAAGCUGCAAGUGAAACAAAUGAAAAACAAAGACGAACGCGUCAAAGUUAUGAACGAAGUAUUGGCCGGCAUGAAAGUGCUGAAAUUGUAUGCGUGGGAGAAGAGUUUUGAGCAGGCAAUCAUGGCGAUUCGGAAUAAGGAAAUCAAGACUUUGCGCACGUCAGCCUAUUUAAAUGCGCUCAGUCAGUUUAUUUGGAAUUGUGCUCCGUUCAUGGUCUCCUGCCUAACAUUCGCCACUUACGUCCUAAUGGACGAAAAAAACAUUCUCGAUCCGUCCAAGGCCUUCGUUUCGCUGGCUCUGUUGAAUUUGCUGCGCAUGCCCAUGUCAAUGUUGCCGAAUGUUAUAAAUCAGGUAGUCCAGACGUGGGUAUCUGUCAACCGAAUAAAUUCCUUUUUGAAUGCCGAAGAUCUGGAACCGUAUGUCAGUCAUGAUCCCAAAGAAGGUGCCCCUAUCUCAGUGGAAAAUGGGACAUUUUCAUGGGGUGAAGACGAAGCUAUUUUGAAAAAUAUUAAUUUUGAGGUGGCUAUGAAUAGCUUGACAGCCGUCGUGGGAACAGUAGGCUCCGGUAAGAGUAGUCUUAUCAGCGCCAUUUUGGGCGAAAUGGAUAAGAUGAAUGGCAGAGUGAAUACAUGGGGAUCGAUAGCCUAUGUUCCACAACAGGCAUGGAUCCAGAAUGCCACCGUGCAGGAUAAUAUUACGUUCGGAAAGACUUUCGACAAAUUAAAGUACGGACGAGUAAUUGAGGCGUGCGCACUUGAGUCCGACUUCAAAGUGUUAGCGAAUGGCGAUCAAACCGAAAUAGGCGAAAAGGGCAUCAACUUGUCGGGAGGUCAGAAACAGCGCAUCAGUUUGGCCAGGGCGGUUUACUCCGACUGCGAUAUAUACUUGCUCGAUGAUCCAUUGAGUGCUGUCGACUCCCAUGUAGGAAAACAUAUUUUUGACAAUUUGAUUGGUCCCAACGGUCUUCUGCGAAACAAAACCCGGGUCCUAGUCACUCACGCCAUCACCUACCUACCUCAAACUGAUAAAAUAAUAGUCCUUAAGGAGGGUAAAGCCUCCGAAUCAGGCAGCUAUCAAGAGCUCCUCGAAAAAAAAGGCGCUUUCGCCGAGUUCCUAAUGCACCACAUCACUGAGGAGAUCGAGGACGAAGAGGAACUGGACGAGCUAGAAAAACAGUUGUGCAAUACAGCCGUGGCGCACGAGAUUAAGCGCACUAUUUCUCGACAGAGAUCGCAUUUAUCUGAAUCGGGUUCAAUCGGUUCGCAGUUGAACAUAAUCGGUCGUAGCGAGUCCAGAGAAAGUUUGCGCAGUAACAAGAGCGGUCAUAGGAGGAGGCUGAGUACAUUGACAGGAGGAAGGAAAGCUAGCUUAGCUAAGCAAACUAGUGUCAAUAGGGGUGCUGGAGAUAAAAUGAAAGAAGGUAAAGGCAAACUGAUACAGGAAGAGAAGGCGGAAAAAGGAAACGUGCAGUUUGGCGUCUAUUUAUACUAUCUGGGAGCUGUGGGGGUGUACUUUAUUUUUGGCAAUAUUAUUUUCAGUGCUGGAUUUCAAGGUUUUGGUAUCGCCACUAAUGUCUGGUUGGGUAUGUGGUCUGAAGAUCCCGACAUGAUUGUUAAUGGGACAGUGGACACUGGCCUAAGGGAUUUGUAUUUGGGCGUGUAUGGUGCUUUAGGCCUGGGCCAAGCAGUUACUGUACUGUCAGCGGCCCUUAUUUUUGCUACAGGUACAAUGAUAGCAGCAACAAAAUUGCACAACUUUAUGCUACACAACGUGCUUCGUUUGCCAAUGUCCUUUUUUGAUACCACACCAUCUGGACGUAUCUUGAGCCGAUUUUCUAGCGAUAUUAUUGGUAUUGAUCUGAGGCUACCAAUGGCUUUCAACGUCUUUUUCCAGAAUUCAUUCAGGGUGCUUGGUACAAUCGGUGUUAUCUGCUUCACCACCCCGCUAUUCAUCGUGGUCAUCGUCCCCCUCCUGAUUCUCUACAUAUUUAUUCAGAGAUACUAUGUGGCAACUUCGCGGCAACUCAGACGUAUUGAAUCUGUAUCUAGGUCGCCGAUUUAUUCUCAUUUUGGCGAAACUGUUUCUGGAACAGUUGUUAUUAGAGCAUUUUCGCAAGUGGAACGGUUUACACAAGUGUCUGAAGAAAAGGUGGACUUAAACCAACAGACAAUCUAUCCUAGCAAUACGUCUAGCAGAUGGCUCUCGAUACGCCUAGAAAUGAUUGGUAACCUAAUUAUUUUGUUUGCCGCUCUUUUUGCCGUUCUGGGUAAAGGCCUUAAUCCGGCACUGGUUGGAUUAUCUGUCAGUUAUUCUAUGAACAUAACAAAUACGCUCAACUUUCUAGUCCGUAUGAUUUCCGACGUGGAGACAACAAUUGUGGCCGUGGAACGCAUAAAGGAGUACGGGGAAAUUCCCAGAGAAGCUGAAUGGGACAUUCCCAGCAAAAAGCCAAGCAAGUCAUGGCCAGAAAAGGGAUUGCUGGAGUUUAAGGAUCUCAGCGUCAGAUACCGGGCUGGUUUAGAUCUGGUUCUCAAGAAGCUCAAUAUCCAGAUUGAAGGAGGCGAAAAAGUUGGUAUUGUUGGGCGGACCGGUGCUGGAAAGUCUAGUUUAACUUUAGUGCUGUUUAGAAUCGUCGAAGCAGCAGAAGGCCAAAUCUUGAUCGACGGCAAAGAUAUUGGCGACAUGGGUCUGCACGAUGUCCGUUCCAGGUUGACCAUCAUACCACAGGAUGCCGUCCUCUUCUCUGGAAGUCUUAGAAUGAACCUGGACCCGUUCGAACUUUACUCGGACGAUGAAGUAUGGCGCGUUUUGGAACUGGCUCAUUUGAAAGACUUUACGAAAGGUUUAGCAGCAGGUUUAAAUUAUAAAAUCUCAGAAGGCGGUGAAAAUCUGUCAGUAGGCCAACGCCAACUUAUAUGUCUAGCCCGAGCUUUACUUAGAAAAACAAAAAUUCUGAUCCUGGAUGAAGCCACGGCCGCUGUUGACUUGGAAACGGACGACCUGAUUCAAAAGACGAUUCGUACGGCCUUUGCCGAUUGCACAGUAUUGACCAUUGCUCAUCGAUUAAACACCAUAAUCGAUUCGGAUCGAGUACUGGUGCUGGACCACGGCCAGAUAGCCGAGUUUGAUACGCCUGCUGCUUUGUUAAAAAAUAAAUCUACAAUUUUCUUUGGUAUGUGUAGAGAUGCCGGACUAGUUUCAUGAACAUUCGUUUAGUUGAACAAAAACAUUUAGAAUUGAACUUGUACCUUUUUUAUUGAAUAGUUUAUCAUAAUGUGAAUUAGAUCAUUACCCUAUUCGUAUUGACCUUUAUGUAGUUUUACAAAUUUCUUAGGUCGAAGCUCGUAAACUUAAGUAUAUUUGUAAAUUUUUAGAUUCUGAUGCAGUGCUUGUACUGCUAUUAUUUGGUAGUGUGUACAGUGUACUUCAUAUUUAUUAUCAAAUAUUUUAGAUUAAGUAUCAAAAUUUAAAAUAAAACAAUUGCUAAUUGAUGUUGAUUUUGUACAUAUUUUUUAAACAAUGAUUGUAUGACAUGAUAAAUUAUAAUAUAUCACAG